AUGCGCAAUCUUAUUCUGGUCGCAUUCUGCACUUCUAUUGCCGCCGCUAACAAUUCAAUGAAUUGCAAGAGUCAAGGCGAAACGAUUAGUUUUGUGAAGGGGCUCAGACCGCACGUUAUUGAGAGCGUGGAGAAGUUUAUUGGAAGAACGCUUGCAAAAGACACGAUAAUUGGCAUGACAGACGUUACCACGCGUGACGACAAGUAUUACGUGUACAUCACAAUAAAUGAGGAAGAAAAUCCACCGCAAUUCAUUGUGUUCGAAGAUCGAAAUGGGGAGCUGGCAAAUGGUAGACGUUACGAUUUCCAUACAGAAAUGUUUCCUAUCACUCAAUAUUGUCCAAAGAUGGCAAAAAAAUAG